AUGGAUAGUUCCCCUCCCAAGUCCCUCCGGGAGUCACUGCGUCAAGCACUCCUUCGCAGAGAAGCCAAGUCCUCUCGUCGACGUCUUUCGAGAACGCUUUCUAGACCUCCUCCACCAAGCUCCCCGCUGUACCCAUUCGCCAGCGGAGGGUCGCGUCUAUUGGACGGCAACUCAACAUACGCAGAGGAAGUCGAAAAUUUCAUUGCAGACUUCCACAGCGCUCCCAGCGGUCUCUUAUUCAACUCCGGCUUCGACGCCAACGUCGGUGUCUUCUCCUGCAUCCCCCAGCCAGGAGACCUGAUCGUGUACGAUGAACUCAUCCAUGCAAGCGCGCGCGAGGGUAUGCGGUUAUCGAGAGCUGGCAAGCGGUUGCCGUUCUCGCACAGCUCCCCCAGCAGCCUGGAUGAAGUCCUCCAGUCGCAUAUUGCCGACGACCCUCUGAUCCAGACGGGCUCGCGCAACGUCUUUAUCGCCAUCGAGUCCAUCUACAGCAUGGACGGCGACAUUGCGCCGAUCCAGGACUUUAUCCGGGUCGUUGAUCGGCUUCUCCCCCGAGGCAAUGGCUACUUUAUCGUCGACGAGGCGCACGCCACAGGCGUGUUUGGGCCGCGCGGUGCGGGCGUUGUACAGGGCCUAGGCGUCGAGAAGCGCAUGUUCAUCCGGGUGCAUACGUUCGGCAAAGCGCUUGCAAGUCACGGUGCAAUUGUGCUCUGUUGCCCCGACACAAGAGACUACCUGAUCAACUACGCGCGAAGCCUGAUCUACACCACUGCCAUGGGAUUCCCCUUCCUUGCGUCCAUACGCGCUGCGUACGAGCUCCUGGCUGAGGGGGAGACGGAGCAGCAUCAGACCAAACUGCAGCAGCUGGUCGCGUACUUCCGGGACCGCCUCGCGGAAUUGGACGCCUUGGACCCCGCGGCCUUCCAGGUGGAUCAUUUCCCGACUUCGCCCAUCUUCUCCGUGCGUAGCCGCUUCCCGCGCCAGUUGGCCGCGGCCUGUCAGCAGAAGGGGUUUGUGGUCCGCGCUAUUAUGGCGCCUACUGUUCCGGCGGGGAGAGAGCGGGUGAGGGUUUGCCUUCAUGCUGGUAAUACGGUGGAGGAAAUUGAUGGGUUGGUUGAUACAUUUAAGGUUUGGCUGGGCCAGACGACGGAGAAGAAGGUUGCUAGGUUAUGACAUGCUGAAUAUAACUAGCCAGUAUAGAAAAAU